AUUUUUAUUUUAUUUUUUUUUUUGAAAUAUACCAAAUGACCAUUUCUAAAGAUGAAUUAACUGUUCGUAGAUCAUCUUGUAAAGUGCCAAAGAGAAUUAACUACCAACAAGGGCCUCAAUACUUGACUACAGAAUCCCUUUAUACCCAUUUAAAUUCUACUACUAAAAAAAGAAACCGAUUUUCUCCUUUACUAUUAGGAAAAGAGUAUAAAAGAGGUAUACCUGAUUCCUCAUCAGUUAAUUUAUUUGAACAAGCCAAGCUAUUAGCAAAAAACUACACUUAUAAACAUGUUGCCGCUGCUGCUGCUGCUGCUACUUCUAUUUCUACUACUACUACUACUACUACUACUACAAAAACUAAUACACCUACUACUAUUAUUACGAACCAAACAAAUUCUGUCAAUUCACAACAACAACCAUCAAAGCGACAAAAGUUACAACAACAACGUCUACCUACUACCUCUUUCUUACCUAAACCAUUGCCAGUGAAUCAUAUUAAACAUGUUCAAAUUGGCCCUUAUGUAAUCGAUAAUUGGUAUUUAGCACCUUAUCCAGAAGAAUAUAGCUCCUUGGAGAAAAUCUAUGUUUGCGAAUUUUGUUUAAAAUAUAUGAAAAGUGAAUAUACAACUAAAAGACAUCAGAUGAAAUGUACAACAAAGUACCCUCCUGGUAAUGAAAUCUAUCGCGAUAACCAGUUAUCUAUCUUUGAAAUUGAUGGACGGAAAAGUCGACUUUAUUGUCAAAACCUUUGUUUAUUAGCUAAAAUGUUUUUAAAUCACAAGACACUUUACUAUGACGUAGAAGGAUUUUUAUUUUAUGUACUAGUCAAAGUAGAUAAAUAUGGAUGUCAUUUUGUAGGAUACUUUUCAAAGGAGAAAUCUUCUUUACAUGGUUAUAAUCUAUCAUGUAUUAUGACAUUACCUUGUUAUCAAAGAAAGGGAUACGGUCAAUUUUUAAUUGAUUUCAGUUAUCUUUUAUCAAAAAGAGAAGGUAAAAUAGGUUCCCCUGAAAAGCCAUUAUCCUAUUUAGGUCUAUUAAGUUAUCAAAAGUAUUGGAUUUGGGCUAUUAAAAGGGAAUUAGAAGAAAGACAAGAAAUUACAUUAGAAGAAUUAAGUAAAAAUACUUCAAUUACAAUAAAGGAUAUCAUUUCAACUUUAAAAGGUCAAAAUAUGCUACAAAAACUAAAGAAUGGAAAGCAUGAAAUCAUUUUCAACAAGUCUUUAUCAACAGCAACUCAUCAUUCUAAUACUAUUUUACUUGAACCUGAAAAAUUAAUUUGGACUCCAUUUUUAAUAUCAGAAACUACUACUUCUCGUAAAAGAAGAAAACGAUAAUAAAUAGGUUGUUUAUUUGA